AUGGCUGACGAGGUGGUGCUGUUUGGCAUUUGGGGAAGUCCCUUUAGUCGCAGAGUAGAGAUAGCUCUGCAACUGAAAGGAGUGGAGUACAAAUACAUCGAAGAAGAUUUAGCCAACAAGAGUCCUUCGCUUCUGCAAUACAAUCCCAUUCACAAGAAGGUUCCCGUGCUUGUACACAGUGGAAAGCCUAUUGUGGAGUCUCAAGUUAUUCUUGAAUACAUCGAUGAGACAUGGCAAGGCUAUCCCAUAUUGCCCAAAGAUCCUUACGAGAGAGCCGUUGCACGUUUCUGGGCCAAGUUCAUAGAUGAAAAGUGCUUGCCUGAGAUAUUGAAAGCUUGCUGGGGCGAAAAGAAAGAGCACGAGAAGGCUGUAAAAGAAGUAGAUGAGCUUCUCAAGGUACUAGAAAAUGAGGUAAAAGAAAAGAGGUUCUUUGGAGGACAGAGUAUUGGAAUGGUAGAUAUUGUCGCUAACAUCAUAGGCUUUUGGCGUAGAGCUUGUGAAGAAGGUUCGGGGGUAGAGUUGUUGACAAGAGAGAAAUUUCCCAAGCUUCGUAACUGGAUCGACAAGUUUGUGAGCAGCAGUGUAAUCAAGAAAAAUUUGCCUCCCAGAGACAAACUGGUUGUCUUUCUAAGAGAUUGCUUCGGGAGUGCCAAUGCUUCCAAAUAG